AUGAAAACGAUUGUUCUGGCGGCAUUCGUCGCGAUAACGUCAGCAUUUGAGAAAGAUUCGUAUGAAACGGAAAGUAAGGAGCCGGUUAUCAAUAAAUUUGAUUCGCCGAUCUCUUAUCCAGUUUUCGUUCGCGUUCCGGAACAUAUCGGAGUGCCGAUACCACAGCCUUAUCCAGUACAACUGGCAAUUCCUCAUCCAGUGCCAUUUGAAAUAGUUAAACACGUGGAAAUUGCUGUCGAAAAACCAGAACCUGUUGUCGUUGAAAAACAAGUUCCAUUCAUUGUAGAGAAACCAUAUGCUGUCACAAUUGAGAAACGUUUUCCCGUGACAAUACCAAAGCCUUAUCCGGUCCAUGUGCCUGUUCACAAGUACGUCUUUCACCAUCAGUUCAAAUCCAAAGGACGAGGCCAUUAA